ACCUAUUAAUAUACUACCUAAACGCUAGCGUAUUAAAGUUUAUAUUAUUCCGCCUUUUUAGUUUAACCGCAAUAAUUAUAAAUAAUUUAAUAAUAAAAGCCUUAUUAAUUUCUUUUCCUAGUAUAUACGCAUGCUUAUAGCUUAUAGUUCUAAUAUAGAUAUUUAAUUAAGGGAUAAUUUUAUAGGUAGAAAGGAAUACUACGCGCCUAUACCUAGUAUAUUAGGCACCGCAAGCCCGACAAGCAGCCUGUACGAGGCGGUGCUACGAACCUGCUCCUACAUUGUAGUGAGCAGAGCAGAUGCUUGAGGCACGAUGGAGCUGGUAAUGGCGUUGUGGCCGUUCGAAGGCCCUCCACCGGACGACGACAACAACGAACCGCAUCACCAGAACAGAGGAACAACCAUCAAAAUGGGUAUGAAAACCAUCCGACGUAUGUCUACUUGUGUAGGAAGCAAGCCGAACGUGGAGCCGAUGCCUAGGCGUACGAUAGGACACCUCUGGGGUGGCGAUGCAGAGUUUUCACCCUCCCCUCUAUCGAAGCUCUCGUUAACUGAUGGUGUCUACAGUGCCUACAGCGUCACCAAAGUCAUUGGCGGUCAAUUGGAGGACCUCAAACAGCGUGGUGCUCGCAGCCUUUGCCUAGGGGACAGCAUUCUCAUGGCGGUCAAGUGGAGGACCUUAAACAGCGUGGUGCUCGCAGCCAUCGACAAUGCCUGUAGGCGCCCAUCGGCACGCGAGGAAGCCCAAAGCUCCUGAAGGGAGAUGGUCACAGCCAGCAUGGUGGGGGUAAU